CCCUCUCAAUUCAUUAAAAAUAAAAAAUUAAAAGAGUUUAUCUUUCUCAAAGAACAACUCAUUUUCCUCAUCUCUUUCUUCCUAAAGCCAAGGGAGAAGGAGAGCAAAUCCAACUUUGUGCAGCAUACUAUUUGAUUGAUAUAAUCUUUUUAAAUUGGCUUUCACGUGGAUUUUCCAUUCAAAAAAUAUGACAAGAGAAACUAGAAAUGUGCGUUCUUGGAUGGAGGUUGCUCCUGUACUUAUAACCAGCUAUCGACGAAAACCUUCAAAUACACCAGGAUUGGAGACCAUUAGAGAAGAGAUCAACGAGGGUUGCGACGAUGAUACACAACAACGACGCAAUCAUGGAAUAUGAUUCGAAAUUAUGGCUUCUACUUAGUGUUUUUCUCUUUGAGAGGUUGAAAUUUUAUCCCUCCAUUUGCAGAUUCAGGCUUCAACUUUAUUUGUGUGGAUAUCCAGCCAGAGGGAUAGCUGCAUAAGCUGAAUUAUAUGCCAUUUAAUCCAUUCAAGUACAUUUUCUUAUUUUAAAAAAAAUAGUUUUUCUUUCAUUUACAUGCAGUGAACCAUUAUUGCUUAAGAAUAUUAACAACACGCAUUUGAUGGUAUUUGAAGUAAUUUCUCUUAGAUUCCGUUGGAUGGUUUAGUGAUGUAGCUGGUCAAGUUAAAUUAUGAGGGAAAAAAAAUUAUACUAUAAACGGAUGAACGUAAUUCUUAUAAUUAAUUUUUCCUCAUAUCUAAAUAAUACAAAGCUACGCACGUUCAAAAUGAUAAGCUGCCUUCGUAUAGGAGUACAUUUAAAACAGAAUUACAAAUUUUAAAAAUUUUCACUUUUUUUUAAACUUUAUACUCAGUUAAAUAGGUUCACAUGAAUAUCAAACCCUUAAAAAAUUUCUUGAAAAAACUCAUUAAACCUUACUUAUGUGACAAAAGCACAUAAUACAAGACAUAUUUCUUGUAUUAAUUAAAAUUAAUUGGCAUGAUGUAGACAAUGCUAUAAAGAUCUUUUUCAAAAUAAUAUGCAAAGCCGUGUGAGCAUUUCCCACAUGUUGCUCGUCUUUACUCCGAAAUUAGGUUAGAUCCAACAAUUAUCGAAAAAGACAAAUAAUUCAAAUUCAGGUAUGUUUCCUCUGUCUUUCGACCGACACCUCACCAAAAUUGUCAGUUUCUUCUAUAUAUAAGUCCCUCACACUCUGCAGUCUUUCCCAAAUCCCACAAAUCUUCUCAAAAUAGCCAAGAUUGAACAGUGAACCUCUUUAGAAUUUGUUUUCAUAGCCUCAUUCUUGUUGUUUUGUUUUUGCAAAAAUGGCCAAGUUAAGUGGGAACCAAAAAUCUUGGAUGGAAGUUGCUGUUCCAGCGGUUCUAAUUUCACCCUAUAGGAUUUCAGUUUCUCCCCAGCUAGAAACAAUAUUUGAAGAAGAGGAUUUUGAGGAUUCUGCUUUGUAUGAGCUUUCUUCUGGGACAGAGAAUUGUGUUGUGUUUCCCAAAGUUUUGAGUUUUCUGAAGUUGAAAUAAUUAGCAUAGUAAUAUCUUAUGUAACUUUUUGUUCACCCCUUUUCUUUUUUUACUUAAAAAGGGUGAUGAAGGUUCUCUAUCUUUUUCUUUCACCUCCAAUCAAGUUCUAAGGGUCUGAUUUUAUGUUAAAA